CCUAAACAAUAAAAUGCAGAAAUCUAUGUUUUUGGUUGGUUGGUUGCAUCCUCGUGUGCACAGAUCAAAACCCCUUAAACUUAAACCCCAUCGUGUUUUGAUUUCUGUCUUCGGCUCUCCCGUAGAAAAGUUCCUGUAAUGGCAUCUCCUGCGCCACACAGUUUAGAGCAGGAGCAGCAGCCGCCGCAAAAAUUGCAAAUUUACUCCACAUCUAACACCGGAGUCAGCAGUUUCUGGAAAGAGAAAUAUGAGAGGGAUGCUAAAAAGUAUUGGGAUAUCUUCUACAAGAAGCAUCAAGAUAAAUUCUUUAAGGAUCGGCAUUACCUGGACAAGGAAUGGGGUCAAUAUUUCUCGGGAGCGGAUAGUAAAGUUCUUCUGGAGGUUGGUUGUGGAGCUGGGAACACCAUUUUUCCGCUGGUUGCAACCUACCCUGAUAUUUAUGUUCACGCCUGUGAUUUCUCUCCACGUGCAGUUAACUUGGUCAAGGCACAUAAAGAUUUUAAUGAAGCUCAAUUUAAUGCGUUUGCAUGUGAUCUGACAAUUGAUGACUUGAGCAAGGAGAUUUCACCAUCUUCAGUUGAUAUUGUGACAAUGAUAUUUAUCUUAUCUGCAGUUUCCCCUGAGAAGAUGCAUCUUAUACUGCAGAAUGUCAAGAAAGUUCUCAAGCCAAAUUCUUAUGUGCUGUUUCGUGACUAUGCUGUAGGCGACCUGGCUCAGGAAAGAUUCACAUGCAAGGACCAAAAGAUCAGUGAAAAUUUCUAUGCGAGGGGUGAUGGCACUCGUGCUUAUUAUUUCUCAAAUGACUUCUUGACAACCCUGUUUAAAGACAAUGGAUUUGAUCUUGAAGAAAUUAGUGUGUGCUGCAAGCAAGUCGAGAACCGGUCACGUGAAAUAGUGAUGAACAGGCGUUGGAUCCAAGCCGUGUUCCGAUUGUCAGGCACUUCCAACUCUUCCUUUAGUAACAAUGCAGAAAUCAAGGAUGACCUUCCUAAUCAAAAUAAUGUUGAAGUCAAGGGCAAUAUACAAAACAAAACUUUGAACAAUGUUGAGGUCGACAUGUCUGAGGGCUUGGCAGCUGAGAUGUUUGGUAUUUCGCCUUCCCAUGAUAGUGAGGUACUUGAGGUUAAAGUUAAAGAUAUGAUUUUCAAGAUUAAUGUGCUAUCCAAAGAAUACCAGCACACUUGUAAAUCGACAGGCUUGAUGCUUUGGGAAUCAGCUCGGAUGAUGGCUGCUUUGUUAGCCGAUAAUCCGACUCUUGUUAAAGGGAAAAAAGUGUUAGAAUUGGGAUGUGGCUGCGCAGGUAUAUGCUCUAUGGUUGCUGCUACAUCAGCCAAUCUUAUAGUUGCCACCGAUGGAGAUGGGAAAGCACUCGAACUGCUUUUGCAGAACGUUACUUCCAACCUUACACCGCCAUCCCUUGCAAAGCUAAUUGUGAAUAGACUAGAAUGGGGAAAUAGAGAAGACAUACUAGCCAUCAAGGAACUCAAUCACGGAGGUUUUGAUGUCAUAAUAGGCACUGACGUAACUUAUGUCUCUGAAGCUAUAUCGCCUUUGUUUGCGAGUGCAAAGGAACUCAUGGCGUCUAACUAUAAUGGAGAAGAUGAGAAACCGGCACUCAUACUUUGCCACGUCCUUCGGCGAGUUGAUGAGCCAUAUAUACUUUCAAGUGCAUCCCAGUUUGGUUUUAAUCUGAUUGAUAAGUGGCCAUCAGGAAAUCCAGUAAAUUCACCUCACAUUAUUAGCUCUUGGUUUCCAGAGAAUGCUUAUGAGAAUAUCCCGAGUUCAGCAUUGAAUAUCAUGUAUUUCCAGAUGCAGUGAAAUCGUAACUCUCACUCUUUUGGCCCUUCGCGGCGGAAAUUUGUUGAGUUCUAUGUUUAGGCGUUAUACCUUUGUUUUGGAUUCUGAAAUUUUAAAUUCACCAAUUAUUUUCAUAAAACAUGGCGUGAUUGUUA